GAAGAAUAACUUCAAUAUCUGAUGAAUUUAUCUGAAGAUUCAGAAAGCAUGAGAAAAUACGUGCUUUCAAUUAAAUAUGUCUUAAAGACUCCAAACUAUAAACCUUAGUUGUUCUAUAAUUAUAAAAUUCAGCAAUAUUUGAAACCCUCUUGACACUGUUAUAAAUUGUGGUUAACUUUUUUUGAGAAGAUUAUUUUAUUUGUGAGGCCUCUUUCCUUGAUGAAUUUCCAAAUGCUUCUUAAGAUUUCCUCUUUGAGUGAAUCCUUUCCCACAGACUUUACAUUUGUAUGGCUUCUGUUGAAGAUGCAUCCUGGCAUGGUCGAUGAAAUUCCAAGUCUUUUUGAACUUCUUCUUGCAGCCUUGAUAGUCUCAUUGAAUCACUCUAUUAUUCCUGCAAGGGCCUUUACCUUCUCUACAGAUGAGUGAAUGUGCAUAUUUUUUGAUAAUAGCAUAACAGUCUCGCUUAGGUUCUUCAUAAAGGAAGUCUAACAAGUUAGAGUUUGAACUAGAAUCUGUUCUAUUGUUUUUCAUAUUCUCUUUGUCAUAGAAAAAAUUCUGUAUAUUUUGUUCUGGAAAUUUUUGUACAUUUUUGCAUUGAUCAGAUUUCUUUAAUAUCUUGUUUUGAUUCUCAGAAAAGAUACUUUGCUUGUCAAAAAUAAAUUUUCAUUCUUCAGGUGAUGUUUUAGCUAAGUCUCAUUGUUUUUUAGGCUGAUAGCUCUCUUGAUUGUCAUCUUUCCCUUUCUG